GACUCUUUUAUGGAAACCGGGGCUGCUGUGGUAAUGCUGCCUCCCAAGAACUGCAUCCCCAGAAACUACAGUUGUAUCGCAGGGCUGUUCGGAAGCUUGACAGCGUCGGAGCAAAAGCUGGAGGACGGAGAAGAUAUGGAGGGAGAGGAUGGCAAGAACGGGGACCGUGAAUCGUUAGAAAUAAACGUAGUGAAUGAAAAGCCGAGGGGAAGGGAAUCGUUCCUGAAGCCCCCUCAUAGCCCGAGCCAGCGCCGCAGGUGCAAGUCUCUCCCCACACCGGCCGAAAGAGCCAAAUUAGAAAUCGCACGGAGCCGGAGCCCGAGCAGUCAGAAAAAGGUUCGUUUCGCGGACUCCCUGGGCCUGGACCUGAUUUCUGUCAAACACUUCGAUGACGCGGAUAUGCCAGAGGUGCCAGACCGCAUUAUUGACAAAUUCAAAAAAGCCAGAGCGCUCCACUUGAACAAUUUCGACAAGUCCAACACGUCAAGCCAGUCCGUGUUCAUGGAGCUGCUCUUCACGAAUCCAGGAUCCCUGCCGGACUUCCUCGACAGAGUUUCCUCAGAGAAGGUUUUACUGGAGUCCGUUCAGGCGGACGAGUUCAGCCUCUCGGGGGUCGUGCGGGUCAUCAAUUUGGCUUUCGAGAAAAAAGUCUAUCUGAGGUACACCUUAAACAGCUGGACGACGUUUACGGAUAUUCCGGCGUCUUACGUCCCCCAUUCCAGCGACGGGCGCACCGACAAGUUUAGCUUCAAAAUCAUCACCCCGACCUUUUUGGAGUUUGGAGGAACGCUUCAGUUUGCGGUCAGGUACUGCGUCGUUGGAGGUGAAUUUUGGGACAACAACAAUGGAAAUAAUUACAGAGUAAGAAGGCACAGGUUUAAAAUUUCUCCUCCGAGGGAAUGGGAAAACGGCUGGAUCCAUUUCAUUUAGUGCGCGCCUCAGCCUUUCAGCCGUGGCGACGCUUGCUCGUGAAUAUUCGUUUGGUGACUUCCGUCGACCAAAUUGCUCAGUAAUAAUCAUGAGCCCGAUUCUUCGCCAUAGUAGGGUUGGUCACCUCUUCAGCACCGUAGCCACUCCGAAGGAACUACUGACCUUCCGUGAAAAACGUAUGUAGCGUACCACAUGUUCGUAAAUGUAACACCGUUGUCUGUGCUUUUGUCAUUGCUUCAAUAAUGAUAGCGAAUAGGAAAUUACCAACACGUACCAUUAGCCGUGUUUCCAUCGUUGUAAUACGCCGGUUGUUUAGCUGCAGUGCACGGAAGGUCAUGGAGACCAGACCCCUGCUGCAUUCAUUAAAACGAGCGGCGCCGUUUUACGUUUAUCUUAAAUGCGUUGCGCUACAAAAGGAUAUCGUGUAAUAAUUACAUAAUCCGCGGUGAGCCUGUCACAGUGCUUGUUUCACAUCAAACCGCAGCUAUUAAGGGUUCAGGCUACCUCUGAGGAAGAUUUUUGAUAGGCCUAUAAUAAAUAAAACAUUUAGAAGAGCAUAUUGGAAGCGCGUAAAAUGUUACUUGCUCUUACAAAGACAGCGAAAGUGAAUUUACAGAGCCGCUGAAGUGUUUAAUAUCGCAUACAAUUUCUCAUAAAACAUGCAGACUGUUGACUUUUCAAAAAUCUGUUUACAGUAUUGAAAAUUAUAGAUGUCGGCUUAGUCCUCUCAAAUGACUUUUUUAACAUAUAUGUUGCGCAUUAACAACAAAUUAGCAAAAGGGGUCACUUUAUUUUGGGGAGGACUAUCCCUUUAAUGCAUGUCCUUGGUUUAAUUGUCAGCUCGUGGCAAAAGGCAGCCAUUCCAGCUAGAAACACUUAUUUUUUCACAAUCUAGUCAACAGCUGAUUGAUAAAAAUCAAGUCGUGCCUAAGAUUUUCUCGCUCAUUUUCACAGUAUGAUUGUAGAGUCAGUCGCAAACGCUUUCGUAUUUAAGGCCCUUAAAAAAACUACAUUUUGAUAAUAUCCAAAUCACAUCCCUCUUAAUACUUACUAUCAAGUCUGUAACGGUUUACAGGUGACAUGUAAUUGUUGAAAGGAAGGUGUGUAGUUUAUCUCAUUUUUUUUUUUUUUUUUUCAUGAUCGUGCGUAAUUUUUAUAGUGUUGCAUUUUUCACAUUACCAUUUCAUAAUUUUUUGUAUUUUUUUAGCGUCACACCUUCCCCCAUCAGCAAUAAAAACAUGUACGCUAUAUAUACUAUAUAAAUAAAAAUAAGAAACGUAAUUUAAGAGUAAUGAUUACGAUCGAUGUGAUUUGGAAUUGGUAAAAUGUAGUUGUAAAAAAAUAUAUAUAUAUGAUCAGACUAUAGAAUAUGCAUGCACUGUAUGACCCCCCCCAACCCAACAUUUUUAUAAAAAAAAAAAAAAAAAAAGUUAUUAUGAAAUGACAGCAAUUUGCAUGAAAGCAUGACACUAAAGUGGCUCUGUAUAAUUUGUUGUGAAAAAAACUGUGAAAAAAUAGUUUUCUCAUUUAAUAAUUGCCAUAUAACUCAAAGUUCAUUACGUUUCUGUGGGUAAUACAUGUCAUGUCUGAUGCUUUUUUUUUCCUACACGGCUGCUACAUUCUAGUUUAAGUCUACUGUAUAUCACUGUGGUUUCUUGCUUUAGACGUCGUAAAUACUUUUAUCGCUAAAUAUAUUUAAUACACGCUGAUUUAUGUAUUCGAUAACUGUUUAAAAAGUACAAAUCAUAUACAGCCAGUCAGGUAUUGUCACAAAAGAAUUCCCUUCUCGGGAUCCUGGUCAAAUAGGAGGUUAUUUUGUAAUGAUAGCUGGCCGUUUCUAUAUAAUCUUGUACUAACCUAAGACCAAAAACAUAUCUAUUGUCAAAAAUCUCUCACUUUUCCAACAACUCCAUCAGAUUGCAUAUUAUUUUUUUUAUCGUAAUUUACAACCAAAUAAGUAUUUUCAGAUUUUCAGGGAUGAUUAACAUUUAAAAUGCCCAGACCUUAAUAAAACAAGCUGUCAUACUGAAGUGAACAGAUUUCAUAAUAAAACCUUAACAAUAGAAAGUGUUUAAUAUACCUCGCAUUGCGUAAGCUAAUAAAUCUUGACAAUUUGUGUUUGUUUUAUAACGUUAUUUUUAAUGACUUAACGUGGCUGCGGGUCUUUGAAGCGUGUCAAGGUACCUUAGGUUUAAAGAUCGGGCGUCUCGGGUUGAUUUCAUUGACAGAAGCACACUGAAAGAAUUAUUUCUACGUGGUGUCUUCGAAAGGUUGUCGAAAGUUGUCGUGUUUGAAGCGGAUGUCGUAACAAAUGUCCGCUGGAAAGAUCGGCCAAUUGAAACGCUUGGCCGGUUUGUAAACCUGUGGGAUCUGGGGUGGAAAAUACGGUAGAGGACAGCGGACAAUGAGCACAGUGUUGAAAAAGGGGUGGGGCUACAUAAGGUCUAUAGCAAGUUACUGCCACUGAAGCCGGCCUAUCAUGUCGCGGAGAAGAUUAAAUGACUUUCUGAGCCUCUCUGUUGAAUUGUCACCGCAUUUCUUCCCCCUAGCGACAGCUACAGCUGGUGAUUGAACAUAGAAAGUCACGUCACUAGAAGCUUUCUCAAUUAGUGCCCUUUAAACAUUUUAAAAUCGUUAAGCACUUUUAUUUCAGACUUGUUUGGUCUAUAGCUGCACUUUGAGUAGUUUAUUGCUGAAUGACAAAUGAUUGUAAAUCCGGACCUUUCACAAAGUAUGAACAGAGCAUCUACCCUCCGUAAGGUUGUACAGCACUCAAAAAGAUUAUUUAAUAGUAAGUUAUAUAUUUAUAAUUCUAUAUUUUGCCGUCACAUUUUCUCAUGUUACAUCCUUAUGCUAAAAUGGACGAUGGUCCUGAGAAUCCAGUGGGAAAAGUCGUAAAAUACUUUGUAUGCUUUUAAAUUAAUUUGCAAAUGUGUUUUUUUAAUUAUUUUUUUGGUUUGGGGCAUGGAACAUAGACGCAAAAAAAGAUAGCGAAAGCGUUUUUGCAUAAGGCUGCAACAUAAAAAAAAAAGAAUGAAUACUUUCUGAAUGACUUUUCAUUAACAUCCACAAGCUAUACCUCUAAUGUUUAUUUGUCACCGAGUUUCUUCUAUAGUCACUUUUUCUUUUAAACUAAGGGUUUAGGAAAGUUUGAAAUCGAGCUGAAGGAAAAGGCUCGCUAUUUUAGGUUUUGUUGUAAUUAUUAAAAUAGUUUGAUCUUUGUGGGAAAAAAACUCUAUAUGUACUGUUAUGUAUAGUAAAUGUGUACCGUUGUUUUGCAUAUUACAUUCUGUGUGUUCUGUGUUUGUUUUAACCUAUGCAAUACCCGUCUUUACCGUUUCUCUUUCGCAAAUGUAUCGGUGCGUCGAUAAUUGUUUUUCUUCGAAAUGGUAAUACCGUACGUCUUGCAUGUACAAACAUCCUGCAUCUUUAUUCAUAUGGCGAAGGCCUAAUGUAGCGUCAUUUAGUUAAAACAAGAAUUAAAUGCAUUUGGAGGUAUCAAAAGUCACUCUGUAAUAAUACCUCACCGUUCCCACUGUGUAGAGCGUUGAAGAUGGAAAUCCACAUACUUCAAUUCUCUGUGUUUGCUAAUAAAAAGCUGUUCUAGUACAAAAUGCUGAAGUGAAGUCAUUU